GUGAUGACGUCCUCUCUGGUGCCCUGCGCCGGAGAAGAUGUAAAUAGUAAAGUAGUACUUAAAUAAAUACCUCCACUUGCGACGCGACAUGUUGUCGUCGCUGUCGUCCCUGCGGCUCCUCGUCCCGCCCCUCCGACUCUUCUCUGCGGUGAUGUGGGAGGUCGCCCGGCAACAGAGAACGAGCCACUUUGGGAUGUUGGAAGACUUUAUUUCCUUGGUUACGGACGCCAUCCCAGAGCUUUUGACCGGCCAGCAGAAAAGCCUUUUGCUGCUCGGGCUGAGGGCCAAGAGGACCCAGGAAGUACUGAGCGGUGAGGUCGCCGACACCCCGGGUGCCGUCCGACACCACAUGGAAAGGAUCCACGCGGUCUCCUUGGAAACGGACAGCAGUGCGUUGAAGCAGUGGGCGUCCAGUCUACAGGCAGAGAGACCCGAGGAGGCCCAACAGCACCUCCUGCAGACCCUUUUGGACCAGGACUUCACAUCAGCCCUGGAGGGUCUGUUGUGUCACUUCCUGUCCAGACUUGACCAGAGCUUCCCCGUUCCUGACUUCAAACAGACUGCAGUCUGGCUGUCGGCGCCCUCCGCUGGCCUGGAGGAGUGUCUGCAGGAGAUCGACUCCAACAGGGAGGAGCUGAAGGAUCUGCUGUCCAAUCAGACCUACCGCCUGGGACACAGCACCACCUCAGGCUGUUCCGUUGAUGAGGACCACCUACUGAGCGCCUGGUCCCGCCUCAAGCCCCCCCCACCCUCUCCUGCCUCCAAACCCCUGAUCCAAUCAAAACCUGCAUCCCGGCAGGCGAGCAAGCAGGACGAAGAGGAAGUCACCUGUGAGGCAGCAGGAAAUGGAAAGGAAUGUGACACUGUUGGCCAGAGCCAGGUGUCAAUCAAGCAGCCAACGGCAGCACUGAACAGAAUGGGCUCAAGUGGGAUCCAGUCUGAGCCCGCCGGCCCACCACCGACGGAGACGGAGAGCAGCGUUCAAGAACUUCAGGACUCCCUGCUGGCACUCUCCCAGCCCGACAGGUCCAGUGACUCGGACUGCUGUAUCGAAGAUCAGCCGGAGAACACAGGCAAAGCUCUAUCUCCAGGUGACACGCUGACGACCUCAGCCUCCCCGGCCCAGACAGACCAUAAUACUCAACGGCUGGCCCACAAGUGCCCUCAGUGUGGACAAUGUUUCAUAUAUCGCUCUGAGGUGCUUCGCCACCUGCGGACCCUGCAGGGCUGCCCCGGCCCGCCCCCCCCAGCCCAGGUGUACCGCAGCUGCUUCCAGUGCGCCGGCAGCUUCCAGACGGACGGCGAGCUGAAGGCCCACAUCCAGACCCACCAGGUGCCCUACCAGUGCUCCCACUGCCACAAGAGGUUCCGCCUCUCCUCCACGCUGACCACCCACCAGCAGACCCACGCAGCCGCCGGAGGCCUCACCUGCGGCGGGGGCCUCACCUGCGGCAGGUGCGUGCGCGUGUUCGCCUCGCCCGGGGAGCUCCGCGCCCACCGGCAGACGCACCGCCACCCCCCGCCGGUGGCCCCCCGGCUUGGCUGCCCCGCCUGCAGCCAAACGUUCCCCACGCAGACGGAGCUCUUCAGGCACCAGCAGACCCACCCGGCCACCGACAGAGCCUUCAAGUGCAGCAUCUGUGACCAGGUGUUCACAGAUCUCACCCAGCUGCGGAUCCACCUGCGGGAGCACAAGAAGCGCUCGUUCCAGUGCUCCCAGUGCCCCAAGGCCUUCAUCACGCUGAGCAACCUGCAGGUGCACGCCCGGCGCCACUCGGCCCCGCAGGCCCACCUCUGCUCCCAGUGCGGCAAGCGCUUCUGGACGCGCGGCGGGCUGGAGAACCACCUGCGGCUCCACAACGGGGAGAAGCCCUUCUGCUGCCAGUACUGCGGGAAGUCGUUCACCGCGCUGGCGGGCCUGGUGGUGCACAUCCGCCUGCACACCGGCGAGCGGCCCUACGUCUGCGCCGUGUGCGGGAAGGGCUGGCCGUCUAAGGGCGACCUGCAGAAGCACACGCGCACGCACACCGGGGAGCGGCCCUACGUAUGCCCGGACUGCGGCAAGGCCUUCGCCAUCUCCUGUCACCUCAGCGAGCACCGCCGCUCGCACACCGGUGAGAAGCCGUUCAGCUGUCCAAAGUGUGGGAAGUGUUUCAUCAGGAAGUCCACCCUGAAGAUCCACAUCCACACCCACAGCGACAAGAGGCCCCACGCCUGCUCCUACUGCCAGAAGAGCUACGCCAGCAGGAACCACUUAAACAGACACGUACGCACACACAAGACCUCCUAGCCUGUACACACACGUACCACUACGGACCCACAAGACCUCCUAGCCUCCAGACAUGUACCACGAUGGACCCAGAAGACCUCCUAGCCUCUACAGACACCUACUGACCCCCUAGCCUCCUCCACCCCAAAACGAGUCUGAAAAGUUUUAUUGUACGACUGUUGUAAAGAGUGUCUUGAGAGCGCAUGUUCCUGGCUGUUCUUCGUCUUGGCUCAGUUCUCCCCUGGAAUCGUCCGCUCUGUAUCGCAGUGUUAUCAGACCGUUAUGUUAAACACUGUCUAUUUUUGUUGCUGCAUAAAAUAUUUUAACAAAGCCUGUGAUCUGUGCUGAUGGAAUCGCCCUCUGAACUUGCUAUGUAGAGCACUACCACUA